UUAAAUAAUGUGAACAACACCGCGAAUAAUAGGACUAACCCCGGGUUAAAAUCAAUAAACUCGCACGGUGGUACGACUACCGGGCUACACAAUAGUAUAUUCUAUUAAAUAUUAGUAACAAAUUUCAUUCCCGAGACAAAGACGACCGAUUAUCGAAUCGAUCGUUAGAUUUUUUAAUGUCUACAACGACCAACCCUUUAUUCAACCCCCUCCUGGCUUUGUCUGUGUAUGGUUUAGUUUACUCGCACAGCUACUACUGCACGACUGUAAUAACUGCACUUCCCGAUAUAUAUAAUUAUUGUGAUAAAAUAGCUUGAGCCAAGAGAGUCGAUUUUUAAUUUAAACUUACUAAAACCAUAUAUUUAGGCCAUAAACGGACACGGUAUUACCCGGAACCCACGGACGACCGAUGUUAUACUCAAAGGAAAAACAAAUUUUCGUCAAAGGUACCGUGUCGGCGGUCACGAACAACGUUGCCGUGAACGUGUCCAAGUAUCAAAAAACGUUGCACGGUUUCGCGGUCAUCGACCGGCAAUCGGUUCACGUGGUGGGUACAGAAAAUUCCGUGGAUAAUGCAGCCGAUGUUCUGCAGUAUUGUCUCGACACGAAGACCGACGUCACCCAAAUACUCUGGUGUACACUCGGCUACAUAAAUUGCCUUGUAGUCACUUGUUCAGAAGGAUUGAUCAUUUAUGAUUGCGACAAACAGUUCAAACGCAUAUACACACAUAACUGCGAGGACAAAAGCAUGAAGGAGAAAUACGCAAAAGGGAUAGCUGCAUUCGAGUGCACUUACCUGUGUGUCGGGAAUAGUAACGGAGCAAUCAGAGUGUUCGGACCAGAUGAAGACGGACAAGUGGUGUUUUUAGACCGAAAGCUGUUCCAUGGAGCCCCUAUCACAGACAUGUCAUCUUACAAACACAAUUUGGUGUCUUGUGAUGAGUCUGGUUGUACAGUACUCUCACAAAUUGAUUGUGGAGAACUGAUGAUCAUUGCUCGAUCAAAAAUUUUUGGGGGUCUGUCUUUUAGACAUCCGUGCACUACAACCGAAAUGACUAGAGUCGGACUAAUGGCCGUAGGUUAUGGAUGUGGAACAAUUCGUAUGUUCGACCCAACUGUCAAACUUAUAAAUGGAGAUGCAGAAGAUGAGCUACCAAUGAUGGUCCAGAUAUCAGCUCACGCCAGAUGCGUAACAUCAAUGUCAGCAGCUAAAGAUGCAGAUUUGUUGUUGAGUGUAUCUGAAGACUCAUGGAUUAGGGUUUGGAAAAUAAGUUCUACAGUAAUAAUAAUAAUGAACACAAACAUAUUUUGCAAAUUACCUACUAUUUUACCAUUUCAGACGGUUACUUUAGUAUAUUGCUACAUGAAAGAAGAUACCAUGUUUGUGGGAUGCCAAUUCAUUACUAGAAAUGGAUCAAAAUUUUGUACUACUGCAUAUGAUUCACCAUAUAUAACAUGCUACACAUUAAACCAGUUGUAGGAUAUGUAACUUUAUUUUUAAAAAAAAUUUAAUUAAUGUAAAUAUGGUAAAAAAUUUGAAUUUAAAACAAGACAUUGUAUUUAUAUUGUAUAAGUGGAGGGCUUAAAUAAUAAUAAAAAAAAUACAUCAGAUAUUAUGAAUAUAUAAUUUUAGUAACUUCAACAUUAUUUUGGAUGUUUCUAUUUUCGGAUAACAGAUAGGAUAUCCUUAAUAUAAGUUAAAAAGCCUAAUUAUUACAUACAGAAGGUCAGACUAAAAAAAAAAAAACAAUU